AUGGCGAUAGGAGACGAAACAAACGAGAGUGCUUCCAGACAUGCAAAUGUACCAGUUGCACCAGCUAGUUUCCCCACGAUUGAUCACAAUCAUCCUCUAUUUCUUCAACCGACAGAUACUCCUGGUAGCUCACUCAUUUCUCUUCAGCUAACUGGCUUAGAUAACUAUGCUUUAUGGAGUCGAUCUAUGAGAAUAGGUCUGUUAGGUAAAAGUAAAAUAGGAUUUAUGGAUGGUAGAUAUCCAAAAUCUAAGUUUGAGCCUGAAUUUCAUGAGCAAUGGGAAAAGGUAAAUGCUGUAGUACUCUCUUGGAUUAUGAAUGUUGUGCGUCCAGUACUGUUGAGUACUAUAGUGUAUGCUUCGAAUGCUCACAAGGUAUGGGAAGAUCUGAAGGAAAGAUUUGACAAAGUGAAUGGAUCUAGGGUUCUAUACCUGCAUAGAGAGAUCCAUACACUAACACAAGGAACAAUGAAUGUAGCUGACUAUUUCUCUAAACUAAGAGAUCUAUGGGAUGAGUUUGAUGCACUCAUGCCUUGUCCUGGUUGUCCCUGCUCAGAGUCAAAAAAAUAUGCUGAGCAUUUUGAGUAUCAUAGGUUACUUCAGUUCCUUAUGGGACUGAAUGACUCUUACUCUCAAGCUCGAAGUCAAAUCAUGAUGAUGACACGAGUGCCUAGUAUUUAA